AUGGAAGCCAUAUCGCAUGCUGGGACGUGUUUAGGAAUUUUGGCUACCGACGGCAUUUUAGUUGCUGCUGAAAAAAGAAAUGUGCACAAACUGCUUGAUGACGAAGUUUUGAAUGAAAAAAUUUACCGACUGUCUGACAACAUAUCAUGCACUGUUGCCGGAAUAACUGCGGAUGCAAAUAUUCUUAUUACCCAUCUUCGGUACUGGGCCGCUGAAUAUAAAUUAAGCUACGGUGAACACAUCCCUGUAGAGCAGCUAGUGCAGAUGUUGUGCAACGAAAAACAACGGUAUACUCAAGUUGGAGGCAAGAGACCUUUUGGAGUUUCGUUGCUAUAUAUGGGAUGGGAUGAGCAUUUUGGUUAUCAGCUUUAUCAGUCAGAUCCAAGUGGGAAUUAUACCGGAUGGAAAGCGACAUGCAUUGGUAAUAAUCAUCAGGCAGCAGUGUCGUUAUUAAAACAGGAAUAUAAGGCUAUGGAUUUGGUUGAAGCGAAGAAACUGGCGUUGAAAGUUUUGUCAAAAACUCUUGAUGUAAAGCUGUCACCAGAGAAGAUUGAAAUGGCAGUUCUUACUCGCACUGAUGGAAAAACUGUGAUUGAAGAACUACCUGUUGCUGAAGUCUCACAAUUAAUUCGUGAACACGAAGAAAGAGAGAAGGAACAGGAGGCUCAUGAAUCAGCGUCUUAG